AUGGUGCUGUUCAAGUCGCCUCAUCCGGACGUCGAAGUCCCCGCACACAUUACGACCUGGGAAUGGAUCUUCGAGUCGCCCAGGUACUCGCCGGUGGCGCGGCAGGAGAAGCAGAAGAAGGAGCUGAAGCAGCCGGCAGCCCUGGCCGGAUACGUCAAUGCCAUCACCAAGGAACGGCUCGACUGGGCUGAGGUGAAAGCCAAAGCGACGCAGUUGAGCAGCGCGUUGAUGACUGAAUACGGGCUCCGGGCGGGCGAGACGGUCUCGCUGUUCAGCACCAACACCAUCUGGUAUCCAGUGGCCAUGUGGGCGGUUAUCCGAGCCGCAGGAGGAAGAGUCAACGGAGCGUCGCCCGCCUACAACGCAGAGGAGAUGGCGCACGCACUGCGCACCGCCAAGUCGCGGUUCCUGCUGACCUUGCCGACGUCGCUGGACGUGGCGCUGACGGCGGCGCAGCAGGCCGGCAUGGCACGCUCCCACGUUCUCCUGCUGGAAGGCCAGGUCCCGGGCUUCACCAGUGUGCAGGACCUCAUCCAGAGGGGCUCCAAGUACACGCCGGCGCCACCGUACCGGAUCCCGCCGGGCAAGACGAAUGCAGACGUGUGUGGCUAUCUCAACUUCAGCAGUGGGACGACGGGGCUGCCCAAGGCUGUGAUGCUGUCGCAUCAAAACAUCAUCGCCCAGUGCCAUCAGCUCAAGCAGCUCCAGACACCAGGCCCGUACAAGAUCCUCGCAGUGAUGCCCCUGUUCCACAUCACCGGCCUGGUGCGAUUCUGCACUUAUCCCUUGCUGGUGAAUGGCGACAGCGUCAUGUUGCCCUCGUUCUCCAUGGAAUCUAUGCUCCAGGCCAUCUGCGAGUUUCAGAUCCGAGAGCUGAUCCUGGUGCCGCCGAUCCUGAUCCGGCUGGUACGCGACAAGAUGGUGGACAACUACGACCUGCGGCACGUGGAGCGCUGGUCGUCGGGGUCGGCGCCCAUCUCGCCCGAGAUCAUCGCGCUCUUGCAGAAGAAGUUCCCGUGGACGGGGUUUCGCCAGGGCUACGGCGCGACCGAGUCGACGGCGUGUAUCUCUGCCCACCCGCCGAGCCACUACGACUACAAGUAUGCCCACACGGGCGGCAUGUUGGUGGCGAACACGGUCGCCAAGGUGAUGGACUUGACGACCGGAGAAGAGCUGGCGGCCGGUCAGACCGGAGAGAUCCUGGCGCGCGGGCCCCAGAUCGCCAUGGGCUACCUCGACAACGCGGCUGCGACGGCCGAGACGUUUGACGCCGAAGGGUUCUUCCACACGGGCGACGUCGGCCAUUUCGACCACCAAGGCCUAAUCCAUAUCGAAGACCGCAUCAAAGAGAUGAUCAAGGUCAAGGGCCAGCAGGUCGCGCCGGCCGAGCUCGAGGACCUGCUGCUCGGCCACCCGGACGUGGAGGACUGUGCCGUGCUCGGGAUCCCGGACGACUACGCGGGCGAGAGGCCCAAGGCCUACGUCGUGUUGCGGAAAGGAGUCGAGCAGACCCCAGCCACGGGCCGAAGACUGUUGGAGUUUGUCAAGGAGAGGAAGGUCCGGUACAAGUGGAUCGUCGAGAUCGAGUUCACCGAUCAAGUGCCGAAAAGCUCGACCGGCAAGCUUCUCCGGAGGAUCUUGAAGGUGAGGGAUAAGGAGGGAAAGGAGAGAGGCUUGAGGGUCAGGGCCGGGGUUGGGGAUGAGGUAGAGCGGGCGAGGUUGUGA